GUCUGGUUGUCUCAUUUCUCGCCAUUUUUUCGGGUUCUCCGUUGGCAGAGGAUCGGGUCAAACUGCGCGACAACGCCGGGACGAUGCAGCAAUGUCCCAGUUGUACUACAAGAAGACUGACAACUCUUCGUAUAGCGACCGCAUCCCCCUCCAUGUCGUGCGGGCGGAGUCCGAGCUCUCGGCUCUGGAGAAGGUCUACCUCGGGGCGGUGGAGAAAGGCGACUACGCCACCGUGAAGGAGGCCCUGGAGGACGCCAAAAUCUACUUCCGCAUCAACAUCAACUGCGUGGACUCGCUGGGACGCACGGCCCUGCUCAUCGCCAUCGAAAACGAGAACCUGGAGAUCCUGGAGCUGCUCCUCAGCUACGACGUGCACGUGGGCGACGCCCUGCUGCACGCCAUCCGCAAGGAGGUGGUCGGCGCCGUGGAGCUGCUGCUCAACCACAAGAAGCCUAGUGGUGAGAAACAGGUCCCCCCAAUCCUGCUGGACAAACAGUUUUCAAACUUCACCCCAGACAUCACUCCCAUCAUCCUGGCAGCCCACACCAACAACUACGAGAUCAUCAAACUGCUGGUGCAGCGAGGCGUGUCCAUACCGCAGCCGCACGCCGUGCUCUGCAACUGCCUGGAGUGCGGGUCCAGCCCGGACGUGGACGGCUUGCGCCACUCGCACUCCCGCCUCAACGUUUACAAGGCGCUGGCCAGCCCGUCCCUGAUCGCACUCUCCAGCGAGGACCCUUUCCUCACGUCCUUUCAGCUCAGCUGGGAGCUGAAGGAGCUCAGCAGGGUGGAGAACGAGUUCAAGUCCGAGUACGAAGAGCUGUCGCAAUUGUGUGAGCAGUUUGCCAAGGCCCUCCUGGACCAAACCAGGAGCUCCAAAGAGCUGGAAAUCAUCCUCAACCACCGUGACGACAUCAACCCCCUGCUGGAUGAGAACGGCAACGAUCUGGCCAGGGUGAAGUUAGCUAUCAAAUACUCCCAGAAAGAGUUUGUCGCCCAGCCCAACUGUCAGCAGCUGCUGGCCUCCCGGUGGUAUGACGAGUUCCCGGGCUGGAGGAGGCGUCACUGGGCAAUGAAGCUCAUCACGUGCAUCCUCAUCGGGCUCCUCUUCCCGUUGCUCUCCAUCUUCUACAUGGUCUCUCCCAAGAGCCGCUACGGCCUAUUGAUCCGCAAGCCCUUCAUCAAGUUCAUCUGUCACACCGCUUCCUACUUGACGUUCCUCUUGCUGCUCCUCUUGGCAUCGCAGCACACUGCCGCCUCAGAACACGACUUUCAGGGUCCGGCGCCCACCUGGGUGGAGUGGAUGAUCCUGCCCUGGGUACUUGGAUUCAUAUGGACGGAGAUCAAGCAGAUGUGGGAUAGCGGCUUCCAAGACUACAUCGAUGACUGGUGGAACAUAAUGGACUUCAUCAUGAACUCAUUGUAUCUUGCAACCAUUUCCCUGAAGAUAGUCGCCUAUGCAAAGUAUAGCGGGCAAAAACCCCGAGGCAGCUGGCAUAUGUUGCACCCGACCUUAAUAGCCGAAGCGCUGUUCGCCAUCGCCAACAUCUUCAGCUCCCUGCGCCUCAUUUGCCUUUUCACCGCCAACUCCCACCUGGGCCCCCUGCAGAUCUCGCUUGGCCGCAUGCUUCUUGACAUCCUCAAGUUCCUCUUCAUCUACUGCCUCGUACUGCUUGCUUUCGCCAAUGGCCUCAACCAACUCUACUUUUACUACAAAACAGACGAAGGUAGAGACUGCUGGGGUAUCCGCUGUAGUAGGCAAAACAACGCUUUCUCAACGUUAUUUGAUACACUGCAGUCGUUGUUUUGGUCUAUCUUUGGCCUGAUUUCCCUCUACGUGACACGAGUGAAGCCGGACCAUAGGUUCACAGAGUUUGUCGGAACCACCAUGUUCGGCGCGUACAACAUAAUCUCUUUGGUAGUGCUGCUCAACAUGCUCAUUGCAAUGAUGAACAACUCCUACCAGCACAUUGCAGAUCACGCAGAUAUCGAGUGGAAAUUUGCCAGAACUAAAUUAUGGAUGAGCUACUUUGAAGAGGGAGGGACUUUGCCAUCGCCGUUCAAUAUAAUACCAAGUCCUAAAUCCUUUUAUUACCUGACAGAGUGGAUAAAAGCACGAUUAUUCAGAAGGCCAAGCCUAAAAAGACUUGAAACCUUCGAAAGUUUAGGGAGACGAGCAGCAGACAACGUCCGAAUAAACCAUCAGUAUCAGGGGGUUUUGAGAAACCUAGUAAAAAGAUAUGUAGCUGCGAAGAUCAGAGACGCAAAGACGGAAGAAGGGUUGACUGAGGAGAACUUCAAGGAGCUCAAGCAGGACAUCUCCAGCUUCCGCUAUGAGGUGCUGGGAAUGAUGAAGGGCAAAUACCACAGCCAAGUCGCAAGCUCCCCCUUUGCUUACCAGGGAAACGCCUUCAAGUAUUCCCCUAAAUGUUUCACGGACGAGUCGCAAAACAGACUGGAGGUGUUUGACAUGACCACCAGCAGGCCUGGCGGAGCUUCAAACGUCUGCAACAGUCCGACCGUUAGUUCCGUUGUCCCGACUGCGACUGUCAAAAGCCACAAGGAGCUGUUUGAUGACGCCGGGAUCCUGAAGAGACACGCAGGACAGUCCUCUCAGAACUGCGAUGAAACUGAUUUACUCUCAGAGAAGAGCUCAAAGAAGGGCUCAAAGAAUGCGAAAGCUGGUGGACGAUUGCAAGAGAUUCAAUGUCCGAUAGUGACAGUGGAAGUCGCAGAUGAAGCGGGGGACACUCAUUCAGGCAGGCAGGGCACCAAGGAAAAAAAUUACCUAAAACGAUACACACAUUAA